UGUGCCGGGGCGAUGGCCUGGCUAACUGCCUCUCUCUCUCCCUGCCCAGGCUCCCCUCCCAGUGACAGCCACCGCCAGGCACCUCAGCGGCGAGAUGAACCCCACCGUCGGCAUCGCUGUCAUCCUGACAGUCCUCCAGGCCGCCCACUGCCAGAUGGUCAAGGACCUGAGUGCCUGCCUGCUGGGCCAGAGCCUCCGGGUGGACUGCCGCUAUGAGAACAAAACCAGCAACCCCCUGACCUACGAGUUCAGCAUCACCAAGGACAACAGGAAGCACGUCAUCCACAGCACCAUGAGCGUCUCCGAGAACAUCUACCGGAGCCGAGCCAACGUCACCAUGCACAAGAACCUGGUGUGCCUCUACCUGCAGAGCUUCACCACCAGCGAUGAGGGUGUCUACAUGUGCGAGCUGAAGGCCGCCAGCGACUACACCAGCAACCAGAAAAAGAACAUCACUGUCAUCAAAGACAAACUGGAGAAAUGCGCCGGCUUCAGCCUCUUGAUCCAGAACACUUCGUGGCUCCUGCUGCUUCUCCUUUCCCUGCCUCUCCUGCAAGCUGUGGACUUCGUGUCCCUGUGAAAGGAAAAGCACACACACGCACGCACACACGCACGCACGCACACACCGAGUCCCCCAGCAAACCCGCCUCCCCCGCCAGAACGCAGCCCUUGGAAAGAGAAGCUGAAUCAUUUGGAACAAGUGAAACCUCUCUGUGUUAUCUCUAUAUAGCCGUAUAUCUAACGCUAACCACCGUCCUGUGCCAAGACCCACCAUCACACGCACACACGCCCUGCUCCGAAGCAUGGUGGCUCUGCUAGGCAGCAUUGCUUCUCCCAUCGCACCUCCCCGCUCAGUUUUGCUGGCUGGUUUGCUCUUGCUGGGAGCACUGGAGCCUCAGCCCCGCACAGCCCGCUCCCCCAUCCCUUUAACUCUUGGGGUUUGCCUGUUCUCCACUGGGGGAAGACAGCUGGAUGGGCAGGUAAGAGCGACAGCGAGAGCGUGCGGAGGGGUCCCCAUGCUGGGUGCUGUGCCCGCAGCCCCUGGAGGAAACGGGGGCCCCCCCUCGGUGUCCCCAGCCCACCCUGCCCGCUAGCCAAGUGACUCACCGAUUUCUCAGCCUGCUCCUGUCACCCUCAGUCACCCUGAGCUGUCGCAACUGCAAGGGGGCAUGAGGUGAGUCCUGUCUCAGAGCAGGCUGGCAAGAGCCAGGGAGCAGGGGAGGCGUGGGGUGAUGCUGGGCCUGGCUAGGCUGGGCCGAGAGAGGGGAGCGGGUCUAGGAGACACCCAUCAAAUGCCCCUGCCUCCUUAGGGCUCUCUGGGGCCCUGCGAGGGGGCUCCCUGCUAACGGGCUUUGGCAACAAGUGUUUCCUAAUCUGUUUCUAAGAGCCGAGCUGGAAGAGAGGCCUCCUCCAGACAUCACCUGGUACCUUUGGGCUGCCCCAGCCCAAGGUACCACUUUGCUCUCCCCAGGGACCAGCCCUUAGCUGUGACGAGAGAAUUUCUGCCAGCACCCGCUCGCAGCGGAGGCAAGCAGAGGCCUCUCUGAGCUAGCCACAGCCUUGCCUUCGCCCCUGCUCCCCUCCCCACAGGCCCCAGAGCUGGAUCCAGUCAGGCUGGUGGGGAGGGGACUCCCCUCCGGGAGCAUGACCCCAAAGACUCCUCUGCACCAUCACCUUGUCUUCCCUGAGAGAACGUCUGGGGACACUGGUUCCUUCCUCAUGGCACACGUCCUGGUGCCUGGCCCUGGGCAGGCUCAGCAGCCUUCCUCCAGCACAGUCUUCCUCCAGUCCCACCGUGCUGCUGGGAGUAGCCCAUGUGCUCCCUCCCUCCCUUCUCCCUGCUCCCUUUCAGCAUUUCCCUGUCUCCAUUUCGGAGCAGAAAAGGGCCUAAGGGCAGCCAGUUCUUGGCCGCUGCCUCAGUAAGGCCAGGACCUUCCCAGGGGUCAGCAGGAGCGGGAGAGGGAUGCUGAGCGCGGCCCGUAUCCCCCAGCCCAGGCCUGCCCCCAGGACCCCAAGGAGCCAGCGGGCUCCCCAGAACCCCUGCCCUGGCCUCCCCAAAACCUGGCAGCACCCAGGCAAGGAGCAGCCCAGCUCCUGGGGAGAGAUUGACCGGAGGGCCGCCCCACUGCCCCCACACCCAGAGGCAGGCAGGGGGGCAGAACAAGAUGCAGGCAGGAGCAUGGGGGUCCGUGGGGGGCACCUCAGCCCCGCUGAGCUCCCCGUGCAGCCACGGCUGUGCCACCACGGCUGAGAACGAUUCACAGCAGCUGCUCCCCACUCCUUGCUCUCCUCCAGACACUGUGAGCUGCCUCCUACCCCCGUGCCCGUUCCCUGCCCGUCCCUGCCUGCUUGCUUGCUGUCUAGUGCUGCUGAGGCCGUGCCUAGCUGAGCUCUGGCUGCGCCCAGCUCCCCGGGCUUGCUGGUGAGCGCCAGAGCGGGCGCAGAGCCCAGCCGGCAGAGCGCGGAUGCGUCUCGAGUCUCAUUUUUUUGUGAACAUUUGUAGUUGUUUCCACAGCUUAUCGUAAAAGAAAUUCUGUUAAGGGGGAAAAGAAAAAGAACCCGACGAAAAGCACCACCAACAACAGAACCCCUAUCCUCCAGGAGUGUUCCUCUGUCUGCACAAUAAAAACCCUGGGUUGUGUGUUGGA